AUGAACCGCCUAUUCGGCGCAGCCCCAAAGGGCCCCAAACCAACCCUAAACAGCGCAAUCACAAACAUCGACGACCGCAUCUCCUCAAUCGAUGUAAAACUCUCCGCCCUCACCGCAGAACUAAACACCUACCAACAAAAACUCUCCAAAAUGCGCGACGGCCCGGGAAAAAACGCAAUCAAGCAAAAGGCCCUCAAGGUACUCCAGCGCCGCAAAAUGUACGAGUCCCAGCGCGACCAGCUCCAGUCCCAGGUCUGGAACAUGGAACAGGCGCAGACGAUGCAGGAUAACCUCAAAAAUACCAUGGCCACCGUCGACGCCCUCAAGACGACCAAUAAAGAACUCAAGAAGCAGUAUGGGAAAGUGGACAUCGACAAGAUUGAGCGGUUGCAGGAUGAGAUGGCGGAUUUGAUGGAUAUCGGGAAUGAUAUCCAGGAGAGUCUGGCGAGGUCGUAUGAUGUGCCCGAGGACGUGGACGAGGCGGAGCUGGAUGCUGAGUUGGAGGCGUUGGGGAUGGAGGCCGAGCUGGAGCCCGAGAUGGGCGCCAUGCCGAGUUUCUUGCAGGAGGAGUUGCCCGAGUUUGUGGAUGAGGAGCCGGCCAAGGAGGGCGCCAAGCUCAAGGAGGCUGCUGGCUAA